AUGAGGACGCCCUUGUAUUCCUUUCUGCCGGCCUUGCUGCUUCUACAAACAUGUGCAGCUGGGCCUACCCAAGCUCCUUUGGGCGAAACGUCAUCGACGACGGUUGUUGGGAACAGUGAACAACAAGAGUUUCUGUUUGCAGAGCCAGAGGCCCGGCCAGUCAGUCAGCGAGUUCAAAAUGCUUGGAAGACACUUCGAGCAGUGAAGCCGGCGAUUCUGAACGUCGAUAAGCCGACCGGGCUUCUCGGAUACACACUACACUACGGUCGCGAGGCCUUUCGGAUACUGUUUCUGAACGGACCCGCCACCGACAAAGCUGAAAGAAAGCUCAACCCAACGGUGGCCCUAGCAGUGGAGGAGCUAAAGGCAGCGGCCGAUGAAGAUGCGGACCCGGAUGCUAUGUUCCUCCUCGCGGAGAUGAAUUUCUACGGCAACUUCACACACCCGCGCAACUUCAGCACGGCAUUCCAAUGGUAUAACGACCUAGCCUCGUUGACCGGGAACAGCACCGCCCAGUCCAUGGUCGGGUUCAUGUACGCGACGGGCAUUGGCGACGCAGUCGAACGAAAUCAGGCGAAGGCGUUGAUGUACCACGAAUUUGCCGCAGAGGGAGGAAAUACUCGGUCGGAGAUGACUUUGGCAUAUCGGUACCACACUGGCAUUGGGACACCCAAGAACUGCGAACAUGCGGUCUUUUACUACAAAAGAGUGGCUGAUAAGGCGAUCGAAUAUUAUCGGUCUGGACCUCCUGGCGGCCAUGCCAUGGUUAGGGACUCUUAUCGCUGGGCGGACGAGGAAGGUGGUGUCUACGGGGAAGGAGCUAGCGUGUCAAGCUCUGGGCAUAACGCGCGCGACCCUAGCCACUCCGCCACUGAGGCCAGCGUGGAGGAUGUUCUUGAAUACCUUGACCUCAUGUCUCGCAAGGGCGAACUGAAGGCCACUUUCACAUUGGGGAAGAUGAACUAUGAAGGGGCUCGCGGCCUGCCCCGCAAUUUCAAGCGAGCCAUGAAGUAUUUCAGGGCUGUUACCAAUCGUUACUGGCAAUUGGAUGGUUCUUUCGUCCAGAACCCUCCCGCAGGGCUCGACAAGCUAGCCGCCAAAGCAGCGGGCCAUAUGGGCCUGAUGUACCUGCGCGGGGAGGGUGUGGAACAGCACCUCGGCCGUGCUUUGACGUGGUUCCGACGGGGUGUGAAGAACGGAGAUGCCCUCUGCCAGCACGAGAUGGGACUGAUGUACCUGCAUGGUUAUGGCGUACCCCAGGAUGCGUACAAAGCAUCCUCAUACUUCAAGUCUGCGGCAGAGCAAGACAUUCCGGCCGCUGAGACUCGACUGGGUGCACUAUUCCUAGAUCAAGGGGACGUGGAUACCGCGGCUCGAUACUUCGAGCUUGCCGCCCGUUGGGGAUGGAUGGAAGCAUACUACUACCUCGCAGAGAUGGCCAACUUCGGUGUGGGCAGACAGCCGCACUGCGGCGUUGCUGCAGCGUAUUAUAAGAUGGUUGCUGAGAAGGCGGAAGUGGUUCACUCAGCCUUCACAGAGUCGAACGAGGCAUAUGAAUCUGGCGACAAGGAGCGCGCCCUCAUUCCAGCCAUGAUGGCAGCGGAACAAGGCUACGAACACGCGCAAGCUAAUGUGGCAUACCUUCUGGACGAGCAGCGCUCUUUGUUUUCACUUACCCGCAUCUUGCCAUGGGCCAAGAAGACCCGUGCCAAAUUGCUACGCAACACCGCGUUGGCCCUGAUUUAUUGGACCAGGUCGGCGAGGCAGUCCAAUAUCGACUCUCUGAUCAAGAUGGGCGACUACUACCUGCGAGGAACUGGGGUGCUGGCUGAUGCGGAGAAGGCCUCGACCUGCUAUCACAAUGCUGCUGAAGCCCACCACAGUGCACAGGCGUACUGGAACCUGGGCUGGAUGCAUGAGAAUGGCGUCGCUGUUGCGCAGGAUUUCCACAUGGCCAAGCGAUACUACGACCUUGCUCUGGAGACUAAUCGCGAGGCGUACCUGCCCGUCAAGCUCAGCCUGUUGAAGCUGCGGGCCCGGGGAUAUUGGAACCGCAUCACUAACGGAGAUAUCAAUCCCAUCCGUGACGAAGAUACGAGACCCGCCCGCACCUUCAAAGAAUGGAUCAAAGCUUUCAUCGAGAACGACGAGGCCGAAUACUACCACGAGCUCUACGAAGCCCGAGAGGAAGACGAAGACUUCAUGGGAUCUCGGAGCCUGGAGUCUGAGCACCAUGAUGACGGGUAUUAUGACGAAUUGGAAUUUGACAUUGACGACAGCAUCCUUGAGGGCCUGCUCAUCGUCGGACUGGCCGCGACGCUUCUUGUUCUGGUGUACAUUCGCCAGCAGCAGCAGCGGAAUCGCCAGAAUGCGAACGCCGUGAACCAGGGUGGAAAUGCCAAUGUCAAUGCGAAUGUGAACGCGAACGGCAACGCGAAUAACAACGACCGUGGCUUAUUCCCGCAGCCUGACGACCCGGAAUUCCGGCAGUGGGUGGCCGGUGGAGUGGGCCAUUGA